UCCAUCGUUUCUUCUUCAACAAUGGAAGAUUCCAUGAAGCCCCAUCCAUCACUAGAAGUUAUCGGCGGAGGUACCAAUUCAUUCUUUCCAGGGAUGAAGAUUCUAACCAGCGCCUAUGAACCCUAUCCUAUAAUCGGAUGGAACCGCCACAUAGAAACCAUCUUCGCCGCUCACUUCCGGAAUCUCCCCGCCGUUAAAUUCCAGCGUGACUAUCUCAGGGUGAAGGAUGGCGGCGUGGUUUCACUGGAUUGGGUAUCUGGAGACAAUCUUCGGUUUAACUCUGAUACCCCUAUCCUGAUUUUACUGCCAGGUCUUGUCGGUGGAAGUGAUGAUACUUAUGUAAGACAUAUGUUGGUAAGAGCAAGAAACAGAGGUUUCAGAGUUGUUGUCUUUAAUAGCCGAGGCUGUGCAAAUAGUCCUGUCAUUACUCCUCAGUUCUAUUCAGCUUCAUUUAUAGAUGAUCUUCGCGAAGUAGUGGCUCAUGUUGGUAGCCGAUACCCUGAAUCAAAUUUAUAUGCGGUUGCUUGGUCCCUGGGAGCAAAUAUUCUAGUUCGUUACUUGGGUCAGGUAAUGAAUUUGAUUCGCGAUGACAAUUUCAAAUUAGAAACAGAUGAUGAAAUCCCCAUCUCUGGUGCUGUAUCCUUGUGUAAUCCUUUCAAUUGUGUCAUGGCAAAUGAGGAUCUUACCAAGGGAUUUAAUAACAUUUAUAACAAAAAUCUUGCAAAUUCAUUAUGCAAUAUAUUUAAGAAACACGCUUCACUCUUUGAAGAUAUGGGAGGCGAAUAUAACAUCCCCAUGGCAGCAAACGCGACAACUGUUAGAGAUUUUGACGAGGGAUUAACGAGAGUUUCUUUUGGUUUUAAAUCGGCGGAUGAAUACUAUUUCAAAUCGAGCAGUUCAGAUUGUAUUAAAUAUGUACGCACACCUUUACUCUGUAUACAAGCAGCGAAUGAUCCAAUUGCUCCGUACAGGGCAAUCCCUUUCGAAGAUAUCAAGGAAAACCCGAACUGUAUGCUGAUUGUUACACCAAAAGGCGGACAUUUGGGAUGGAUUGCGGGCAGCGAAGCCCCUUUCGGAGCUCCAUGGACCGAUUCCGCCGUCAUGGAUUUCUUGGUACAUUUGGUAAAUGGAAAUUCUAAGGCUGAUGUUUCUAGAAGGAAUGAAACCGAGGUAAAAGAGGAUGGUUCAAAUAUUGGAAGUUUAGUUGUGGAUGUGAUUCAUAAAUGA